AUGAUAUUUUUGACAACAAUUGGGAAAAAUGCGUCAAAUAGUGAUUGUAUGGAGGAUUACCAACAUUCCGGUGAGAUAGUCUCUAGAUAUGUCCAUGCAGUUUGUGAUGCGAUAUUGGAGUUAACGUCAGACUUUAUCAAGCCACCUGACUUCACUUAUGUUCCAUUGGAGAUAUCGACCAACCCAAACUACUACCCAUUAUUUAAGGAAGGAUUUGCCCAUGAUGCAAAGGUUCUAAAUUCAGUUCUAGAAGAUCCUGAUUCGGGCUUUCCACAUCCUCCUCCAGGCAAAUAUUACUUAGUAGAUGCAGGUUAUGCGAACAGAGGUGGGUUCCUCGCCCCACAUAGACGAGUUCCUUAUCAUGUUCCCGAUGCGCGUUGUAACCUUUUUGAACCUAUGGAGUUGUUUAAUUACAGACAUGCAUCGCUUUGGAAUGUUGUGGAGAGGACCUUUGGUGUUUUGAAAAAAAGGUUCCGCAUUCUUGAUGGCAUGAACAAUUACCCGUUAGAGAAGCAAUUUAAAAUUGUUAUGACAUGUUGUGUAAUUCAUAAUUUUAUCAGAAGGUUCGAUAUGAACGACCCUAUCUUCCAAAAGUUUAAUGCCGAUGGAGUUUAUGAGGAAGGAAAUGGGACGGGUUCGAAUCAACCAACUCUGCGUAAUACAGACGACAUGGGAAUUGUGAGGGAUAGCAUAACUUAUGCUAUGUGGGCAGAACAUGAGUCCAUCUCGUAUUGUUAA